AUGCCAUUAUGGACAUUAUGGUACUUACCUAUAUUAUUAAUUAUCAUUAAUAAUUAAAACAUUUUUAAAUAGUAAAUACCAAUUUUUAAUUAUUUGUAUUUAUUGACUGUAUUUCUAUUUUUCCAUACAUUUUUAUUUAUUUCCUAUUUAUUGUUUAAAAUGAGUAAAAUCUGCUGUGUUGUUAACUGUAGUAAUACUUAUAAAAACACUACAAAUGUUAAGUUUUAUAAUUUUCCAAACAAGCCUUACCAGAGUGAAUUAAAGAAGCAAUGGAUUUAUGCAGUUAAACGUUUAGACAAUAAUGGUCAAUUGUGGUAUCCUAGGCCUCAUUCUGUUAUCUGCAGUGAACAUUUUGUUGGUAAUAAACGCUCAAAUGACUCAAAUAGCCCUUCAUACAUACCAUCAUUGUUUCCUGAAGUGUACAAAAAGAAACAAGUUAAUAUUAAACAGCUGAGUGAUAGGUAUAUACGAACAUCAAACCGUCAAGACAAAAAGUUAAAAAUGAUGAUAAAUGAUGUCAAGUCUUCAGAAGUAGAAAUCAUAGAACCACUUCAGUGUGAAAGCUCGAAUUGUGUCUCUAAUGUGGGAAUUCAAGUUAUGUUUGAU